GGAUUGUGUGGUGGGAAAAUGACGGAAGAUGCUAUAGCGACCCGAGGAAGACGGACACAAAUCCUUUAACGCACCCCCUCCAUCUUUGACCGGAGGAGGUGGGGUAGAGGCGAUCGCAUCUAGGUCUUUACGGGAGGGGGUCAGUGUACAAUACAGCACCUUUAUUCCGACAGCAGGCGCAUACGUACCCGACACACCUGAUCACUACUGCCCUGUGAUUGGAGGACCCGACUUAUCCCCCGCUCGCGAUUGGACAAGCUGACCGACCUUUGCCCUGUGAUUGGAGGACCCGACCUGGGGGCGUACCCCUCAAAUCAGCAUGGGCAAGAAGAUAGACCUGUCGGGCCUGACUGAGCAGGAGGCGGAGCAUGUCCUGGAAGUGGUGCAGCGGGACAUGAAGCUGCGUAAGAAGGAGGAGGAGAGACUCAGCGACAUGAAGCAGGAGCUGGACGAGGAAGGCAGCCGCUGCUCCCUGCUGUCCAGGCAGCAGCUCUUUAACCGGCGCUGCUGCAUGCGCUGCUUCUCGCCGUUCAACUUUCUGCUGAAGCGUAAGCGGCCGUGCGGGGACUGCGGCUUCAACGUGUGCCCGGCGUGCAGCAGCUACUGCGAGGAGGAGCGCGCCUGGCUCUGCAGCGCGUGCAACAAGAGCAGGUUCCUGAGGACGCAGUCUCUGGAGUGGUACUACUGUAAUGUGAGGAGGCGCUUCAAGCGCUUCGGGGGAGCCAAGGUGCUGAAGACGCUCUACAGGAAAUUCACUGCGGACCAGCACCCGCCGUCGGAGCUGUCAGGGGCCAAUGCCUAUGAAGAAAGCAUGGGCAACGAGGGGAGCGUCAGUGAUCUGACGUUCUACAAACAAAGCGAAGAGUACAGCAUAUCCGAGACGCUGCACGUUGCCCUGCGAGUGGCUGAAGAGGCGGUAGAAGACUCCAUCACCAGAGCUGAGGAGCACUGUGACAGCCUGAAGAGAAAUGAAGCUCAUUACCUGCGAGAAAACAAGGAGGAGCUGAUUGAGGAACUGGCCACGUCCAUUGUGCAGAAGAUCAUACACCGCAGGAGAAAGCUGGAGCUGCCCGCUCAGGACGGCGAGGGCGCCUCCCCUCCCCCAUCCCUGUCCCAGCAGAGCACUCUGCCCUCGCAGGCCCGCCUGAAAGCCGCCCAGUCCCUCUGGAGGUCACGGUCGGCCUUCUCCCUGACGAGCGCCGGCGAGGAGGCCCCUGACGGGGACCCGGGGCCCGACGACUGGGGCUGGGCGCGGAUGGCUGUCAGGGACUACAGCUCGCUGAAGAGAGACACGGGCACCUCCCUGGCCAGCUGGAAGAGUGUCGACCAGCUGGACAACUCCAGCAUGUCGUCAGUGCUGCAAAGCCCCGAUGGAAACUGGAUUGCCCUGCAGAGUAAACAGCGCCCCCGCCUGCUGACUAAGUGUAAGAGCAUGGUGUUCAGCGCCCUGGAGCAGGAGUCCGGGGCCGUGUCAGCCUACGACGACAUGGGCUCGGGCAGCGAGGGUGACGGAGCAAGUGGCGCCGCCCUGCAGGAGAUCCGCAAGAAGGUGCUGCAGCGGGAGCCCGAGUGGACCGACGCGGUCGACCCACACUCGGGCCCCACCCCGCCGGGCUCGCUCGCAGACCUGGACACCUCCACCCAGGGCAGCCCCCCCAAGUCUAGCAAGCAGCUGAUGUCAAGCCUGCGGAGGAAGGUCCGACAGCAUCGGUCACCUCGCCCCCUAGAGGCAUCUGGGAGUACGCCCGUGGACUGCAGCGGCAAGCCGGAGGAUGGGCAGGGUGAUCGGGUCAGGAGGUCUCGCAGGCACAAGAAGAGCAGACGGGAGGCUGGGGAUCAGGUGGAGCACUCGUCUUCUGCCCCGGAAUACAGCAACUUCCUAGUCAGCGCCUUCAAGAGGAAGAGCAAGAAGAAAGAAAGCACAGCUCCCGUGAGCCAAUCAGCUCUUCAGCCCGUGCCUGGUGAUGCUGUGAUCUCUGACACCUUGGAUACCGUAACCGUGUCCCCUGGCGCUGGCGGCUUUGAGCCCGUGGCCGUGGGGGAGGCAGUUAAGACACCAGCAAGAGAGACUUCGGGACGUAGAUCCGGCCAGUCGGAGGGGUUUGGUGGAAUGGAAGAGACAGAGAUCAAGAUGAAUGUCGGGGGUCAACAACGAGACCAAAAGAGACAGGUAAUGGAUGCGGGAGAGAAGAUUGUGGAGAGAUUUGUCCAUAAGGAGGGAACAGAAGCUGGGGAGCCAAGGAUGGUGGAGGAGAGCCGGGUCGAGGUAAUGGAUGAAGGAGUUCUGAAGAAAUACCAAGAGAUGAGUGUAGAUAGGGAUGAGUCAACUGAGUACUGGAAAUUAGUGACAGGAGGAGGGAGAGAAGCUAUCAGGAAGACCAACGUUGAGGUAGAUCCGCAAAGAGGAAGUCAGAGAGAUGCUGAGGGAACGGAGAAGGCUGAUGGGGAGAGACAGGGGGAGGUGGAGACUGGCAGACUGGGGGCAUCAGAAGAUGAGAAACGCGUCGCCGUAGAGUCAGAAAAAGGCGGAGAAACAAAAAGGCUGUUUCAGGUUAAAGAAAAGGCAGCUAAGCUCAGGGUGGCAGAUGGAGGGAGACAGACUGGGAAGGAGGAAGAGCGACCUGGAACAACAAGGGAUGGGAAAGACCUUCAAACUGAAGCUGAAAGACGUAUGGAACUAGAGGAUCGUGAACCAGAGGAAGAAGUCGGAUGGGAGGCAAAGAGGCACUCAGAAUUAGAGGAAAGCAGGAGAGCUGAGCUGCUGGCCGAAGGAAACAUGGAGUCUGAAGACGAAGAAGAAGGCCGACCUGAAAGUGAACAUCUAGCGGGGAGUGUGGCAGAGCGUGAGGGACAAGGUGCUGGGAAGCUCAAAGUGUUAGCAGGCAAAAAGGAAGAAGAAUCGCUAACCGAAGAGGAGGAACAGGGUCUCGAAACGGAGACAGCGAGACUGACCAAGAGAAGAGAGAGGCUAGGAAAGAAAGCUAGAAAAGACGAUGGGGAGGAGGUUGGACCCAUAGCGACCAUCGAGGAAGGAAGCCCCUCAGCCCUGGAUUACAUGUCUGCCGAGGAUAUCCGCAGAGAAGGACAGAACGGUUCGGACUUUGAGCAGGAGUGGCAGGCUCUGUCCUCCCUGUUACUGCAAAAGUACUCGGCCGCAUCGCUGUGCAGCAUAACCACCGAGGUGCUGAGGGUGCUGAAUGCUACGGAAGACCUACUCGAGGAGGUGGAGGGCAAGCCCCACCCCAUGGACACGCCCACCGACCCGCCCCAACCGGGCGGCACCGCCCCUGGACCUGCCAGCCAUGGGGACAUAAGGCUGGACGAGCAGCUUCUCAGCCUGGAGGAGAAUCAGACAUGGUACAGAGCCCUGGACAGCUUGCAUGCUCAGAAGAGUAAAGUCAAACAGGUGUACCUGGCCGCCGGGGCAGUGUUCAGGCUGGAGGGUGAGCUGCGUGAGCUGGAGGAGUGCGCACGCGACAUCGGCAGCGGCAGCACGGACGAGGAGCUGGCGCAGCUGGAGGAGCAGGUGGCGAGCGCGGCAGCGCAGGUACAGCAGUCAGACCUGCAGGUGUCUGGGAUCGCGGCGCGGAUCUCAGCUCUCAAGUCCGCCGGCCUGAACGUGGCCCACAGUGCACAGCAGCAGCAACAGCAGCCCAGCACCAGGCCACAGCCCAAGGCGGCGUCUCGCUUGCCGUUCACGCUGACCUUCGCAGGGGGGUCCUCUGCCCAGCCUCACACCAUCGACUCCACCCGGCAUCAGCGGAGGAAGCUGCCCACUCCCCCUCAAUGAGAGCUGGAAGCUAGGCCCUCCCCCAGCCAGUGCCUUUGACCCUGCGCACACCCUGGCUUCAAUUUCAGUAACCCCCCCCCCCAACACCUAGGGGAUGGAGGUCUCCUGCCUUAACUCCAGCUGCAGAUCCUACAGCCAGGAUACCAUCACAAGAACUUUUUAUACUGUAGGAAGAACCCCAUUCUCCUGUGUGUCGUUUAAAUGGUGUAGCAUGAACAGAUGAUUCAGAAUCAUAUUUUUAUCCACAAUAUCCAAAAAUGAAAUUUUGUUUUAUCCUGUUUUGUUAUAAUUCCCAUCGCAGUUGUUUUGAACAGAAAUUAAUAUGAAUAUGUUCAUUAAUAUGAAUAUGUCCCAUGAAAGUAAACCUAUCUUAGAAAA